CAUAGAAAAAGAGAGGGAGAGCGGCGGCGGUGUCAGUUGUACGACGUUUGCUUGCUUAUUUCUCGGUUUCUGUUUUAUUAUGUUGUGUGUUGUGUUUCCACACACAAUUUGACAGAUUUUGUUUUAUUACGCGAGUUAACCAACGACAACACGACGACGUGCAUAUUUUCCAAAGCAAGUGAAAAUUUUAGUUGAAAAUUUCAUUUAAUUUGUUUUUCCUUGGUUGAUUUUCACCAUUGAAUGAUAUUAUUUGCAUAUUUAUAAGACGAAAUUAUAAUUUCUAAAGUGAAAACAAAUGCAAAAUUUUAUGCAAAUUAACUGAGCAAGAAACUCCUAAUAAAAAAUAUCAAGCCACAAGCCAAACUUAAUGAAGAUAACAUAAGAAGAAUCGAAAAAAAUUGACAAAAAAAAAAAAAAGAAAAGAAAAGGAAUAAAAAAACUAGAUCAAAAAGGAAAAUUGCAAGCAACAACAAAGCAUCAUCAACAAUUCACCCUAGUAGUGCUAGUGUCACCAUCAGCAACAGAAUAUUACACUAACAGUGGCCGCGCCAUCAUAUUCGUCGCUGUUAUUACAAUAAAUGUCAAUUGCAUACCUAACAGCAUUUAUUGUUUGUUGUGUGUGAUUUUCAUUUUUUGUUUUAUUAUUACACCGCCCCCUUGGAAAUUCUUUACGUACGGCAGCUUAAACAUCCAGCAGCUCAGUUCCCCCAUAACCAACAAGUAUCGAUAUACAGCAACACAUUGAUGGGUGUUCUUUGAAGCAGUGAAGAGAGGCAGGGAAUCACAACUGUCAAUCUGUGUUGCUGCAGCAGCAGCCGAAAAAAGCUUAUGCUUCCAUAAAACGCAAUUCAGGAUUACAAUUAACGCUUCUUUUGAGUUUGACACAAGAUAUUGUUGACUGGCUUAUAUUUGCUUUAAAAAAUGUUGACGUAAUGGGAAAACAAAGGGACCAAUCUGUAUUUUAUUGAUCCGAGAUUUUCGGUAACUGAACACAUUGAGAACAUCUCAUACACCGUUUGUGGGCGACACCGCUUAUAUAUUUUUGGACCAUGUCAACACGGAAAUCGACAACAGCCACUUCGACAGUUCAAGGGACGAAGGCAGAAAAUGCCACAACGACGACAGCAUCAUCAGGAACGGGAACAAAAUCGCUGGACACUAAAACAAUUAACACCACAAAUACACAGAAUACAACAAAUACAACAACUGCAUCAAAACAGGAAACGACGACAGGAGGAGGAGCUGGCACCGCAGCUUCAGUAGAAAAGAGUGGAAACGAAAAUUCUGUUGAAACAAAAACUUUCCAACAACGGGUAACAAGAAAUUCGCCCCUCUUAUUGCAUUCUCCGGGCUCUUCUGUGGUAAUAAAAAAGGAACCAUUAGAUCCCUCGGAUCCCACAAACAGUGAAAGUGAAGAAAGUAGUUCCUCGCAUGCAGGAAAGAAACAGAAUAUAAUAAGAGGCAGGAAGUCCAUCAAAGAUCAUAAAGAAGCUAAGGAACAACAGGAAAAAGAAAAAGAGACAAAAGAAGAAAAGAAAUCUGACUUGGCGGACACCAAGGACAAAGAGGACAAGUCUAAGGAAAAGCAAGAGAAGAAAGAUUCAGGGGAAUGUAAAGAAACCCCAAAAGACCAAAAAGAUACAAAGGACCAAAAGGAACCGACAACAACAACAACAAAAGAGUCUUCUUCUGCUACCAACAACACCACCAGUAAUCGCUCUACUCGCAAGUCAACGGCCAGCCAGGAAAAUUUAACAACUUCCUCGUCCCGCAUAACACGACAACGACAAACAACGGCCACCGGCGGAGUCACCACACGUUCCGAGACUCCUCCGGCAACACGUGCUGGAAGUAGAAGUCGCACUUCAAAUCGUGUAAAAAUGCCACUACCCAUAAUAGAGCCCGCUACCACAGUUACAAAACGUAAACGCUCCGUCGAUGCUGAAAUGACUGCCACCAAUGCCCGCAAGGCAUCGAGUGAUGAACCCGGACCAAAAUACAUUAAAAUUGAAGUACGUGAUCCCGAAAUAGACGGUGAUGAACCCAUGCAGGCUUCUCAAACAACCACUGCCAGUAACGAGAGCAAUGAUGAUACUCCAAUACUCGACAACAUAAAAAUCAAAGAAGAAAUCAUGGAUGAGGAUGAAAUUAAUGUGGCGACCUCGGACUCUACCACACCCACAACAACUACAGAUAGUGCAGUAACAGCAUCUGCCACAUCCAACAAUACACGUGGUAAGGGUCGUUGGGCUUCGCGUAAGUCCAAUACUGGGGCCACCACCAACCCCACUGCAUCAGCCAAUUCUAACGCCGCCUCGCCUUCGACCAGAGCGACUAGGCAAACCAAACAAAAUUCGCCAACAAGAACAAGCGGCACAGUUUCUGAGCCCAAGAGAAGACGUGUGACCUCUCAAAACAGAAGCCUUCUCAAAACCAAUCAAUCAAAAGGCAGCAACACCGUUAAUGCUGACGAAGAAGAAGAUUCCAAAGACAGCAUGGCAUCAUCUACGAACACAGAUGAUAUAGUAUUGUCUCAAAUAAAAACGGAAAAAUCUAACUUGGAAUCAGAAGAAUUCAUAGCUGUUAACGAAGAAGAAAGCAAAGACGAUGCGUCGGUGAUCAAGCCCAACGAUAAAUCCAAUACCACUGAAGAUGUGAAUAGUAAAUCUAAAGACACUGUUGCUGUGACCGUUGAUUUGCCUACUCCUCUUACGGUCGAUACCGAAUCUGUACACACUGAAAGCGCGGAGGCACAAACAACUAUAGUAUUGACCCCUGUGACAACAAGUUCUCCACAAUCGGUGGCUUCUGGCUCCGAAAAAGCAGCAUCCUUAAGUCCUGCCGACUUGGUAAGCGAAGGUGUGUCGGAAAUAAGUGUACAGCAGUUUUACAAAAAACCUAAGUUUUUGGAAAACAAUUUGGGCAUUGAAGAAGAUCCUAAGUUGGGUAACAUUGUUCAAAAAGCGGUAAACCAGGAGGCGGGUGCCACAACAUCAGCUACUAGCACUGCCACAACCGCAGCCAACGUAAGUGCCGUGUCAAAGGUUAAUGAUGACCGUGUGCCUGAAGAUUCCUACUCCAAUGAAUCGAUGAAGGAAGGCACGUUACGUUUUGACGAAAGUGUAGAUGAGCGGAAGUCUAUUUGUCAAGAGGAUGGAAAUAGUCAAAGCUCCGAUGAUAAACUUACACCGCUUGUUGUUGAGGAUGAUGAUGAAGAUGAAGCACCCGUGGAGGAGUUGGAAGGAGAUGAAGUUUUGCUGAUUGAUCCAAAGGCAAGAGUAGAAGAUGAAACUGAAGAUAUUAACUUAUCAGAUUGCGGGGAUAACCACACAGACUUGACAAUCGUUGAUAAAACCGAAGUCACAGGUGAUUUAAACAAAUCCAACAGCAACGUUGCUACCUUAGCUGAUGAAGAACAAGAAGAAGAUGAGCUGACGAUGGAGGAAAGUGAAACUAUUUCCAUGGACAAUAAUGCCUCCGUGAAUGAUGAUAUUACCAAUGAAAUUGAAGAAGAUGUUGAUAAUGAUGAAGAUAUCCCAGCCGAAAUCGAUGAUAUUGAAAUAGCACCAACAGCGGCAGACACUUUAGACAACAAAGCUGAAUCUGAGUUGAGUGCACCGCUAGUGCUUACCGAAGAAUCGCAAUCUUCCAGCGAUCAUUUAGUCAUUGAUGACAAAGAAAAUAUUGAAAUUUCAACUGAUGACGCUGUUGUGGAUGAAAAUAAGGAUGUGCUGGCUAAAAUUGAUGCCGAACUUAAGAAAAUUGAUGAACGCCACAAGGAAAAGUUGAAUGCCGCUCAAAUUGCAGACAAAUUAAUUGUGCCAGUUGAAGUUACAGCCGGAUCCGAAGAAACAACGGUGACCAUAAAGGAAAAUACUAUUGAAAAACCAGAGCCAGCAAUUUCACCAUUGGACACAGUGUCCAUGGAUGUUGAUGACGUCAUAAAUGAUAUUAAAAUAACUGCCGAAGAUGGUAAAAUCAAUUCAAAUGAUGCCGAUAUUGCAGAUUUGGAAUUAAAACUUGAUGAUGAGAGCACUUCAUUACUAAUCGACGACAUUAAAAUAAAUGAAAAUGCCAAAGUGAUCGAAGAAGCUGUAGAUGCUGUAGAGAUGAAGAAAACCCAUGAGGCCGAGAAGUUUAGCAAGAUCGAGGAAAGCGUGAUUCCCGAAGAAAAGACUGAAAAGAUAGAAAAUGAGGAUGAAAAGACUUCGCUUGAGAAAUUCGAAGAGAAGCCAAAAGUUGAAGUUGAGGUUCCUAUUGAAUCAAUUCUGCCAGACGAUGGCCCCUUCAACGUCAACAAUAUUGAAACAGCAGAUGUUAAAUCUAUCCCCUUAACAAAAGAUGAUGAUGCCACAUCCAUGAAAUCGGGCCAAUCAACCAAUUCUUGGAUGACCCUAGAUUUCGAGAAUGACGAUGAAGAGUCGUUGAGGAAAAAAGAAUUGCAUUUGCAAAAUCUGGGCUUGGUAACUCAUAAAGCUGCCGAAAAACGCCGUCUCGAGGUCAUACAAAGCUCUGCAGCGGCCGUUGAAGCCAACAGAGCUGCCAACCAGCAACACGGCAGUAACAAAAGAAAUGGUAAAAACUCAUCUCAUGCUGCAUCCACCCAUCACGAGUAUACUGGUACAUUGAAAACAAUCAUCAAACUUAAUCGUAAUUCAACAGGUGGUUCUACUAGUGGCAAUAAUGGUCGCAAGUCCAAUGCCGCCGGUGGAACAUCAUCAUCGUCGUCGUCUUCGGCCGCCAACAAAGAACAGCAACAGAGACGUCAAUCACUAAAAAUGACAUUCCAAAAGAGUCGGGGACGUGGCCAUGGCUCGGGCUACAGCGAUCGUACGCCGCACGACCGUGAAGGUCAUGGCGAGGAUAAUUAUUAUACCAUACAAAAUGAGACUGAAGGUGCGCUUCACAAAUUACAUUCAAAAACCACAACCUGUACUACUACCUCCAAUACUAGAUUAGCUUUAAACCAAAUUAACAAUAACAGUAAAACUACUACUACUACUACUAACAAUACUAGUUGCAAUUCCUUCUCCAACACUAAUUCUACGUACGCUAGAAAAUCAUACAAUUACCGUCACUCCAACCAUCAUCAGUAUAACAAAUUUAGUGCCCAUUCACAAAAAAUGGAUUCUUCCCAUUCAGAAUCACACGAUCACCAGUCCACAACAUCAGGCAUUUCCACCAAGAAGGAUGAUAAGGAAAAAAUACUCAUACCCGAAAAGGCAUCAUCCUUUAAAUUUCAUCCCGGACGAUUGUGCGAAGAUCAAUGUUUUUAUUGUAGUGGUAAAUUUGGGCUUUAUGAUACUCCCUGUCAUGUGGGUCAGAUAAAGUCGAUGGAAAGACAACAGAAAAUAUUGGCAAAUGAAGAAAAACUUACUGUCGAUAAUUGCCUUUGUGAUGCCUGCUUCCGUCAUGUGGAUCGUCGUGCAAACGUACCGUCGUAUAAGAAACGUCUAUCAGCACCCGGUGGCUUGGAAACAACUUCGAAUGGCGUGAAAUCUGCUGAUAACCAACAGGACUAUGACCAAAAUGAAUCUGAAGCUGCUGUUGCCGAACAUUAUGCCUCAGCAUCUUCACACAGCUGUUUGGUAACAGGAUGCUCAAAUCCAGCCGCACACUCCUUGCGCCGUAAAUGCAUACGCAAGAGUGUUAAGAAGUUCUUGUUGAAGUUUGAGGUUCCAACAAACUCACCAUGCAUUUGGUUGUGUCAAACACACUACGAUACUGUGAUCCAAUGUUCGGGUUGUGUUUUGUGUAAGCGUCGUUUGGGUAAAAACCACAUGUAUCACAUCACCUCGGACACGGAUCGUCUCGAGAAGGCUUUAACGGAAAUGGGCAUUCCCGUGCAACUGGGCAUCGGCACAGCUGUUUGUAAAUUAUGUCGUUAUUUUGCCAAUCUCCUAAUGAAACCUCCGGAUACAACAAAAUCUCAGAAGGCCGAAUUUAUUAAAAACUACCGAAAGCGUCUGUUGCAAUUCCAUAACAUACAUGAUGGCAGUAACGAUGCCUCUGAAGCUGAUGAGGACGACAAUAGCAAUGGUCCCACACCCAACAAUGAGAACACUGAAUCACAUCAACAACAACAAAAGCAACACCAUGAUGAAACAGCCCAAAAAUCUCCGCUGCCUGAAGAUGAUGGUUCUUCGAAUCAAAAGGAUCUCCUGUCGCCUCUAAAUUCUUCACAUUCCGGAGAGGAUGAAUCGGCAAAAGGCAAUGCCAGUGUGCGAGAGAGUACUAGCGAGGCAAUGGAUCGUGAAUUCGAGAAUGCAUUAAUGGAUUCUUCAAACUCAUCGACAUCAAACGCAGCUGACAAUUCGCCAAGCGAAAUGUCUAAAUUGAAAGCCAUCCUGCAGAGUAAUAGUUUGCCUGUGGAGAAAGCGGCCAGCACAAACAACAGUUCAUCCUCUUCCUCCUCCGACAUCUCAAAUGUUUUGAGAGCAAAUCCCAACAUUUCAAUGCGAGAAUUAUUCCCUGGUGAGGAAGAUUUGGGUUUACAGUUCAAAGUUCCAUUUGGCAGUAGCGCCAGCCAAAGAACUCCCGAGGGCUGGACAAGAGUACAAACAUUUUUACAAUACGACGAGCCUACACGACGGCUUUGGGAAGAGUUACAAAAGCCUUAUGGCAAUCAAAGCUCUUUUCUUCGCCAUCUAAUUUUGUUGGAAAAAUACUUCAGGAAUGGUGAUUUGAUUUUAUCCGCUAGUGCAUCAAGCAAUGCUAGCGUUUAUACGCAAACCGUUCGACAAAGGUUGACGUCUUAUGAUAAGGGUCAUUGUGGAGGACUUCACCAAGAGGUUCCCUCAGAUAAUUCAUCCACAAGUACUGCCAAGGAAACCAGCAACAAACCUAAAGAACCCGAACCACAAAUUCCCACCUUCGAAAUCAACGAAGACGAUGAUGACGACGACGACGUUGAAAUCACAGAGGUGUCCAAACUUCCGAAAUCGCUACAGUGCAGUAAUAACAACAGUCCAGAUAAACAAGUUUCGCGCUCAAGAAGUCUUUCGGUAGACAAACUCACUAAGCAAUUGAGUACCAAUGCUGUAACAAUUACGGCACGUCCCAAGGAUGGGUCAAGCAAUAAGCGCACUCCCACUCCAUCGCCUCAGAAAUCAUUGCUUAAAGACACUCUAGCAGGAAAUACAAAUAACAACGGCAGUUCGAACGCUGCAAAUCUAGCUGCAGCCAACGCAGCAGCAGCUGUUGCUCUGGCUGCCUCUACGGCAAGCUCUGGUGCCCCAAGCAACAGCCGAAGUAUUUUGAAAUGUAACCUCCUGGGAAUUAAUAAGGCAGUUGAGAUUUUACCCAUCAACAACUCAGCUACAUCGUCUGCUGCUGCAUCCCAGCCAAACAAAACUGGUAGCAAUUCCACAUCACACCCCGCCCCACCACCUCCUCCUCCGCCAAUGGAAUCAAAACAACAGAAGAUACUAGAUGUGGCUAACAAAUUACUGGGCAAUCAGAUGGAUAAUAACUCCUCUGCUGCAAAUAAAAAUGCUAUUUCUUUGCUCAGUUCUCCACCGGAAUUGGUUAGUCUUCAAAGGAGAUCUGCUGGUCCAAUAAUGACUUCGGCACCGGCUGCUGCGCCUGCGCCUCCUGCCCCUUCGGGUGUGAACCCUAAUGCUAGCUCAAGUAAUAAUAGCAAUACCAACAAACGGCCUCAAUUGAAUAAGCCCGGAACAUCAAGGCCACCUCCGAAUGUAGUUGUUUUGCCAGACACAUUGACACCACAGGAGCGGUUGCAAAGUAAAACGUGGCGCCCAACCUUGAUGCCGGUGGAAGAGAACCUGAGUAUGCUUAAGAAUGGGCCGCUCUAUCAGACGGCAGAUGGCAGGAAAUUGCCAGCCCUGGUUCAAGUGCAGUCGGGUGGUAAACCCUUCCUUAUCUCCAUAUUCGACUAUAAUCGUAUGUGUAUUUUAAGACGAGAAAAGUUGUUACGGGAUCAGAUGCUGAAGGCCACUAAAAAGAGGCAAGAAGCCAAACAACAGCAACAGCAGCAGCAUCAACAACAGCAACAUCAACAGCAGCAACAACAACAGCAGCAGCAGCAACAAAUGCAUCAACAACAGCAACAACAAUUGCAACAACAUUUACAAAAUAAAAAUCUGCAAAACAUGAACAAGAAUUUCAAUUCCACGAAUGCAGCUGCUGCAGCAAUGAAUCAACAAAGGCAACAACAACAACAGCAGCAGCAUCAUCAACAGCAACAACAACAUCAACAACAAGUUACCCAGCAGCAGUUAUUACAACUGCAAAUGCUGCAACAGCAAGCGUUAAUGAAAGCCGCCGCUGCCAACAACAACCAAACAACCAAUUCGCAAGCGGUAGCACGAUUUCAAGCGAUGACUCAGAAACAAACCCCCACAAGCAAUAUCUCCACCAUACCACCACUACAAGCCUCCAUUAAUAGCAAUGCCAAUUUCUCUGCCCCCAUAAUGCCUCUGUUGGCCAAUGCCAUAACAAAUGCAACCAACAGCAGCAACAUUAAUCCUGCCUCCAAUUCCAUGAACAAUACCUCCUGGCUGUGGAAUAAUUUCCCCGACUCCAAUCAGCUGCUACUUAAUGGAGCUUGUGGUGGAAGCGGUGGUGUUGGAAAUGCGGGCGGCGGUAACGGUGGUCCCUCCAAUAUGAUGCCAAAACUACCGCAACUUCUAGCGAAACCAAAUCAUCCCAGUAAUCCCGCCUCAUUAGCUGCCCCGAAUCACAUCAUGAAACAGCAUCAACAACAGCAACAACAAUUGCUGCUCUCAAAAAUUCCAAAAUCUCUGACAGUUAUACCACAACAUAAGCUAAUGAAUCAGGCAACGGCUACAGCGGGUGCCAAUGUUGCUGGAAACUCAUUAAAGGAGUGAUGAUUAUUGAAUUGUUAUCGGGCGGUAAAGCGUCGUAAAAGGCUUCAGAAGAAACACCUAAAAGGAAACCGAAGGGCUUGCACGAAACAUUGUCGUAAAACGAAGUAAAAGGAAAGACUUUUUUUUUUGGAUGAGUUGAAAACUUUGCAAAAGAACAACAACAACUAACAUAAAUGUGAAUGGAAUAAAUUAUGAGAUGCAAGCAAAACAAAUCUAAUUACAUAUUCGUUUAUUUUACAAUAUACAUACAAACUUAUAUUAUUUAUCAUUUUCAAACAAGAUUAUUUUAUAAGGUUCACAACAUCAAAAUUUACCACUCCACUGGAAGUGAAUUAAUUAUUUAAAAGAGCAAAAUUAAAGAAAAAUUGUUAAUUACAGAACCUCAUCUUAACAAAACCUGUAGAACAUAAGCAAUACUUAAAUAUUUAGAUUUACAUGCAAAAGCAAAACAACAAGGUUUUAAGAAAACAUAAAUUUAAGGAAUAACAGUGCCUAACAUUACAGCAACAAAAACAAAAAUAAAAAAGUAAUAAGAAUUUUUUUUCGAAAGUUUUCGAUUUGUUUAAUAAAAAAUACCUACAAAUUACAUACAAAUUAGAUUUGGCUAGAACAAACAUGACUAAGAAGAAGCCUUGUUUGGUGGCAAAAUGUUAUGGAAAACAAAAUAAAAAUUUAUACAAAUACCAAUAUAUAUUUAUAGUUAAACAUAUAUUUUGAAAACAAAUGUUAGCAGGUUACAGAAAAGGCCUCCAUAGUAUAGUCAUUAGUGGUUAAGUAUUAAAAGAUAUAUAACAUAAACUUAUGUAUUUACUUUAUUUAAAAACAAAAUUUAAAAAAAGGAAACAUCAACAACAAAUUGAAAAAAAAAAACACUGAACAAAUCAUACAAUGAUUUCAUAUAUUAUAAUUAUUAAAAUAAGAGAUAACUAAUUUCUUUAUAUAUAGAAAACUAUAACAUGUAUACAUGAUAUACUUAUUUAUAGUAUAUCAACUAGAAUUAAACAAUAUUCAUAUAUGUAUAUGUUACACAAGACGUUAUUUGUUUAAAAUUUCUUUAAUUAACUCUCUUUUUCUUGCUUAAGUUUUCAUAUAUUUUAUUUAUAUAAAUAUUACAUAUAUCAAUUAUUAUUUCAAUAUAUUUUAGGAUUUUAUAAACAUAUUACUCUUUUUGUUAAUACACACACAACCACACAUUUACAUAUUUUGAAAAAAGCAAAAAAAAUAAAUUCACCACACAUAUUAAUAUGUUUAUAUUUUAAGAGUUUUAAUUGUUUAUUAAAAAAAGAGAAAUGAAAUGAAAUCAAUCAAAAAUGAACACACAGAUUUAUUAGUUUAACAAGAAGAACAGUAAUUUAUGAAAUUAUGAAAGAAUAAAAUACACGUUUUUAUUUUUAAAUCAAACAAAUUUGCUUUAUAUUUAAAAAAGAAACGAUAGAAAUGUUUAUAUUUGUGCACACGUCAGGUGCGUAGUUAUGGAAAAGUAAUCGUUAAAAAGGAAAAAUCUUAAAGAGCCGAUGUUCGAUUAAAGUAAAUUGACUAAUAAAGAAUCAGAGACAAUGUAGCCUUUUUGUGAAAUUAUGGAUGUCGAAGGGUUCCGUGUCUGAAUGCACACUAAGAUCAUGAGUCGAAAGUUCACCCAAUGCUCGUAGUUUUUUCUUUCAGCAGGAAAGUGACACAGUCCAUGAAGGAAAACCAAACCCAGUAUCAAUUUUCAGCCCGCUGAGGCAAAGCCCAAUAAGAAAAUAUCAGGAUCAAGGGAUCUAUUGUUUUACAAAAUUGCCAACAAUGAUAUGUUCCAGAAACUGCAAGAAUCUACUAGCUUUGCAAUUUGUUUCGAUAUCAUAAGAAAAAAAUGGCUAUCGUAGUAAAAAAAUUACAUUCUUGCAGUUCUGGAACAAAGCAAAUAUGAAGCUAAAAAAUGUUAACUGUUGUUUACAAAAAAAGUUAAAAUAUUCUCCAUUUUGGAUUUUAAGUUAGAAACAGAUUAAUCAGUAAGAAUGCAGAAGUACGUGCUACUGCAACAACAACAAUUAUUAAAGGCAAUUGAUCACCAGACAAAGAUAUAUAACAGGACUUUUAUUCAAUAGCACUGUGCAACAAAUUUUUUUUCAAUAAUUACAGUGAAAAUCCUGCAGAUUAUGAAAGUAAAAAUAAAUUCGCUCAUCUUCCACACAUUUAUGGAAAUUUUCGGAUUAAGAUUCCUCGAAAUCUUCCGUGCAUUUUCGGUAUAUAGUGUCGUCGGGAAUAUUGCAGAGGAAAAUUUGGGUAGAAAAUUGUAACCCACAAGAGAGUCAAUUUUUAUUUUAUUUUUGAUCAAAUUAUUCUCGGCUUGUUUCCGAGUUGACGCCUGAAAGUAACUUAACAUUUCAUUUUAGGCAAAAGGUGUCAAAAGAAAAAAUAUUCUACACAAAAUGUCACUACAAAUCUCUGAAUUAACUAUAUAUCAGAACAAAGGUUUUUGAGAAAAUUACAUUCAAAAUAUACGUCCUGCAAGUGAAAUUUAUGUUUUUUUAACAAAUUUACUUUCACUGUUUAUUUAACAAGUUUCCAAUCCGAGUAAAAAAUUUCCUUUAUAGUUAAUUUUAAGGGGAAAGUGUCAAAGGAAGAAUUAUUCUAGAUCAAAUUUCAUUGUUAGUCUCGGAACAAAAGAAAUUUGUAGACUCAAUAUGUACCACGAAAAAAUAUCAAGUUUUGUCAAUCCUCGUUUAUUUCUCAAAAUGUUGACAUUUUUUUUCAAAUUUGCUGAAAAUACUUUUAUAAUUACACAUAAUUAAACAGCCAAUUCAGGUUGUGGACAAUUCCAAGUGGAUUUAACAGAACUCGUUUGUAGAUCAAAAGCCCAACGAGGUUUUGGGUUUUAGGCCAAAAGUUGUUAAGGCCUUCAUAACCUUUUGACUGUAGACAAAGGGACUACUAUAGUUUGAGAUAUAUUUCGCAAUAUUUAAGAUAGAGCUUUAAAAUUUGAUAAAGAUCUGAGGAAUACAUCCAGAAUCAUUGGUACAGAAAAUGUGUCAUAUCGGUCGACUUUAUGAAAUAUUUCCAUCUAAGACUAACUCAGAUUUCAAGGUUAUUUUCGUUUCGGCCAUGAUUUUAUUUAAUUUCACCAAAUUAUGGCAUUUUGAGUUCUUAUUGAUUAAAUGAUCAAUAAAGGUCCACCUUUUGAUACAUAUGACCAGUCUUGACCAUAUAUUCCAUAUUUGUUGAUAUGUUUGGCCUGUCGAUUUUAUAUAUAAACAGGAUAUACCUGACCAAAUUUGUUUUGAUAUCUUGCACCGUGGUCUCCCUAAAGAGUAAUUGUUAUUGUCUGUUGAAUUGAAAAUAGGGGAUUUUAGGUCUUUUGACUGCGAGCAUAUUCUUGUCAAUUCGUCGGCUUUCUCAUUUCCUUCAAUAUUACAAUGAUCAGGUACCCAGCAAAGCCGGAUAGCAGUAUACAGGACUGUAUCAGAAUUGAUUUUGGAGAUUUAAUAGCUUUUAGAGCCGAUUAGAAAGUCCAACAAGCUGGCAUGGGCCUGUCGUGAUAAUACAUUUUUGACUGGUUCAUGACUAAAUAAUUAAAAAGCGAAAACUGAUUGAAAGUCCAACAUUUCUUUUAAAAUCAAGAUCAAAAUAUCUUUAACUCGUUACACCUUUUUAUACACUCCAUCAUUCUAUGGAGGGUAUAUUAACUUUAUCAUUCCGUUUGUAACUCCUCGAAAUAUUCAUAAUAGACCCUACAAAGUAUAUAUAUAUUCGGGAUCAGCGUAAAAUUCUUAGACAAUCUAGCGAUGUCCGUCUGUCUGUCUGUUGUAAUCACGCUAUCUUUCGAACGAAUUGAGAUAGAAGGCUAACAUUUUGCAUACAUGCAUAGUUUACCAGUAGUCAGGUUAAGUUCGUAAAUGGGCCAUGUCGGUCACGUUUUUGUAUAGCCCCCAUAUAACGGUACCUCCCGAUAUUCAGUAUUUUGAUGAUUUCAGCAAUAUUUUUCACCGGCAUCCUUUUAAAUUUCGUACUGGAAGAUACUAAUGGGUACUACAGCCUAUGGCAAACAUUUUUGUAUGCAGGUUAAGAUCUUCGUAUAUCCCCCAUAUAACGGUAACUCCCGAUAUUCGGUAUUUUCAUGAUUUCAGCAACAUUAUUCGCCGGAAUCGUUUCAAAUUUCGUACUGCAAAAUCCUAAUGGGUACAACAGCCUAUGAUAAAAGUUUUUGUAUGCAGGUCCAAGUCUUCGUAUAGUCUCCAUAUAACGGUUUUCAUUUAUGUGGUAGUUUUCUUUUUUUUUUUUUUUUUUUUGAAAAUUUUCAAUUUCAUCGAAAUGGUGGAGGGAAUUAAAAGUUCGGCCCUGCCGAACUUAGCUUCUUUUUUACUUGUUAUCACUCUAAAAUGGACAUACAGAAAUUCAUUUUCAUCGAACACUUUUCGAUAUCGAAUGCAAAAAUUUGACCCUGAAUUUGUAAACAACUUUGAUGCAUUUUAUUCCAUAUUUGAUUUAUGAUUGAAAAUUCUACGAAAUCCUGUUUUUUUACUCAUAUCAUAUUUGGUAUUUUUUUAAAUAUUUUAAUUUAAACUGUCAGGCUAAAAAUAUAUUUUUGGCUUGUGGUUAUACAGCUAAUAUGUUUUUUUAUGAUUCUGAAAUUUUAAUUCAAAUAACGUAUUUUUCAACAUUCUCAACAUAAAUUUAUAUAUUUUGUAUGUAUAUAAUACACAAGAGAAUUUAGAAUAUAUAAAAUAAACUAUAAACAGAAAUGAAAUAAAUCAGGUUAAACAAAACAAUUAAAAAAAAA